AUGGAUGUGACGUUGGUAUUUUUAUCUGUAGCAAUUUCGACUCUCAUUGGCAACAUUGCUGCAGAUCUGCCAAGCUGUGAACGGGCCCGAUGUCACCAUUGUCGAGUGACUUUCAUUGCUGGGAUGUGCCCUGAAACUUGUAGACCAUGCUUGAAGGAAAUUCCUAUCCCGGAACGAUAUCCACCAAAAUUUAUAAAUAAUUCAACCAAUGUUGUCCAACAGUUCCAAAGAUCUCAAGCUAGGACUGUAAGUACCCAACAAUUAUUACCACAGCAUCUGCCGCAAAAUCCAUCAUAUAACGCAAAGUAUGGCUUGAUAUCUCCACUACCAACACAAGAAUUAUACAACUCAUAUCAUUACCAAUAUUUGCCACAAAAACCUCAACCAAGAGUUCAACUUCCAUCUGCAAGACCACUUCCCACUGCACCUUCCCCACCUAUACCAAAUCAACAAACUGCUUUGAUUGAUACCGCAUUUCCAACACUUCCACCAUUCCUAACAUUUACUUUUCCAACAUUUCCACCAUUCACAUUCCCAACGGUAACAUUUGCGCCUCCUCUUUAUCAAAGUACGGCAGCUGAAAUACCAUCGAAUCAAUUCCCCGCUCAAUCAGUUGCCCAAACACAACUCUAUCAACCUCAAAGACAAAUAACAGACAUCGCUGCUUCUGAACAAUCAGUUGCACCAUAUGCAGUCAUCAGUUCUCAACCUCAAAUCUAUUUGCAACCACAGCAAAAGCAACCUCAAUCACCGCCUUAUGCAGUUCAACAGCGAGCCGUUCCAAUGUAUCCUACUAAUAGACAACCACAAUUACCUGCCCAACAAUUACAACCACAACGACAAACAUCCUAUCUACAAGUUCAACAACCACAACAAUACUUUUACACGACAAAUCAGCAAUCCGCUCUAUCCAUUAGACCACUUCCACAAUCUCAUUUAUCUCAAAAGAUAGCACGACCUGCAUUAUUGCCAUCACAGUCAUACAGUAUCGAUGCACCGACUAAUUACAUCGAAGGAUCGUAUUACAAAAGCAACCCAGAACGAUCUUCUGCUACUGCUCAGUGUCCUCGACAACCAAACUGGGAACCAUGCAUAACAAAAGAAGUGGCGAAUGAUCGAUUUAAAUCAUGCUGUCAAGAACUAGGUGAAGGAUGUGCCGCACUAUGCAAUUAUGACGCUACUUUAACUACAAUUCAAUUAGCGGUACUUACGGGCCGAUGUCCUCUAAACAAAGUCGGUGAUGUGAUGAUAUGUGCUAGUGGAUAUCAAGAUGCAACACCAUGCUGUGAAGCAUUUCAUGUAUUCGAAUCUGGUUACGAACACUGUAGGCCGUACUGUAAUCCAGCAGCUGGAUUACCACAAGGUGUUUUGCUUAGCGAACAGUACAAAUGUCUCGGGAAAUUGAGCCAAAUACAGCGGUGUUUCUAUAUUUCACAGCGGCCAUAA